GUGAUCAUGGAGCUCAGCUUGGUCUCCAUGGGGCUGGUGGUGAUGGAAUACAUGAUGACACAGCAGGUGGAGAGGAAGGAGAAAACAGCCCAGAUGCCCAACCCCAAGCCGGUCGGAGGACCCGGCGGGAAGCAUGCACCUGCCCCUACUGUAAAGACAGUGAAGGAAGGGGCUCGGGGGAUCCUGGCAAAAAGAAACAACAUAUUUGCCACAUCCAAGGCUGUGGGAAAGUGUAUGGCAAGACUUCACACCUGCGGGCACACUUGCGCUGGCAUACAGGCGAGAGGCCAUUUAUGUGUACCUGGUCAUACUGUGGGAAACGCUUCACACGUUCAGAUGAGCUACAGAGGCACAAACGUACACACACAGGUGAGAAGAAAUUUGCCUGCCCUGAGUGUCCUAAGCGCUUCAUGAGGAGUGACCACCUGUCAAAACAUAUCAAGACCCACCAGAAUAAGAAGGGAGGCCCAGGUGUAGCUCUGAGUGUGGGCACUUUGCCCCUGGACAGUGGGGCAGGUUCAGAAGGCAGCGGCACUGCCACUCCUUCAGCCCUUAUUACCACCAAUAUGGUAGCCAUGGAGGCCAUCUGUCCAGAGGGCAUUGCCCGUCUUGCCAACAGUGGCAUCAACGUCAUGCAGGUGGCGGAUCUGCAGUCCAUUAAUAUCAGUGGCAAUGGCUUCUGAGAUCAGGCACCCGGGGCCAGAGACAUAUGGGCCAUACCCAUCAACCCCGGGAUGCAAGGUAGCAUGGGUCCAAGAGACAUGUGGGAAGAGAGAGCCAUGAAGCAUUAAAAUGCAUGGUGGUGAGAAGAAUCAGGAGAGGGAUACAAGAGAAGAGAUGGGGUCCUGGCACCCAUCUGUAUCAUCAGUGCCUCUUAGAAGGUGGGAAACAUUAGUGAAAAUUCUGUUGGUGCCACCCUUUGAUGAGCAUUUGUUUGACCCCAGUUUCUUCUUACACUUCUUACCCCAGCCUACCCUUCCUGCAUUUCUCUUCUCAGCUCUUCCAUGAUGGAUUCCCCCCCCUUUCCUAAAGCCAUCAUGCCUUGAUAAAUAUAUAUGAUCAUUGAAAUACUUUUUAACAA